GAUCAUUCGGCUACGUACUACCCUCGUACUACCUACUACUACAUACAUCAGACUCCGCUGCAUCCAUACAUACACCAAUGGCAUGCUUAAAGUUCAUGCAAAAUGUCUGGCAGAGGACUCUGUCUAAAGGAGGCCAUGAUGCCAAUGUCCUCUCCUCUCUGCGUCUACUCGAGGCUCGGCCAGGAUAUAUCAGGGGAGCGUUCAAGAUAGAUGCGAAACAUUUGAACAACCACAACACGAUUCACGGUGGUGCGAUCCUCACUCUCACAGACACGAUUACUUCCUUAUCCCUCUCUACUCACGGCCUUUUAGCUCCCACUGGUGUCUCCGUUGACAUAAGCACAUCCUUCGUUCGCCCUGGUGGCACGACAGGCUCUGACCUCAUCUGUAUCGGUACCGUGGAGCAGCUCGGUCGUACAUUGGCUUACACCAAGUGCGAGUUCUAUACUCCUCCUGGAGGUGAAAGAGGUAAUAAGCUUGUGGCAUACGGAGCGCAGACAAAGUUCAUGGGUGGUGCAAAGCCUGUGGUCAGGUUCAGCGCGGAUGGAGAAACCGAGUUACCCUUGGAAAAUACCGAGGCCAAGCUGUAGAAAGCCAACGUGAAGAUCGACGCGAGCACGAUACGAUACAUUGAUGACCGACUGGGUAUGCCAUAUUUAGAGCUGUAUACAACACGUCCAAAACAAGGACAACACUAGUACUGUAUCUUGGUAUUAUUU